GCGUGGCGCUCGUUGCUCUUCGGAUUGGACGGAUGGCGAAACUACCUCAAAAGCGGGUAUGAUGCCGCGGCUAAGCGAUUCGACGACGCCCCGUUCCGCCGCGACCUUACCGGCGUCAGGGCGUUGGUGACGGGGGCGAACCAGGGGAUCGGCUUCGAGGUGACGCGGCAGCUCGCGUCGCAGGGCGCCACCGUGACGAUGGUCUGCAGGGACCGCUCGAAGGGGGAAGCCGCGCUGGAGAGACUGCGGGAGGAGCGGCUCGCAGGCUCGCUCGCGCUCUCGGUCUGCGAUAUAUCCAACCAGCACGCGGUGAAGGCACUCGUGGAAGGCAUCGUCUCGACCGGAGAUCCACUGAACAUCCUCGUGAAUAACGCCGGGUGCAUGGUGCAUCAACGCACGCUCACUCCCGAAGGCGUCGAGGCCAACUUCGCGACGAACACGCUCGGGACGUGGGCGCUCACCGAGGGCCUGCUGCCCGCGCUGCGCAAGGCGGACGCGCCGAGGGUGAUCACCGUGUCGUCGGCGGGGAUGCUCACCGAGAGGCUCGCGACGACCGAUCUCGAGUGGGCGCCGGGGGGAAAACUCGGCAAGUUCGACGGCACGCGGCAGUACGCGCGGGGCAAGCGGCACCAGGUGGCGCUCACCGAGCACUGGUCCCGGCGCGGUGGGAACGAGUCGGUGUUGUUCGUCUCGAUGCAUCCCGGUUGGAGCGACACUCAGGCGGUGAGAGACGCGCUGCCCGGGUUCUACUCGUCCCUAAAGGGAAAACUGAGGACGCCGAAGGAGGGCGCCGACACCGUGUCCUGGCUCUGCGUGGCGCCGAAGGACGCGCUCGAGCCCGGGGGCUUUUACCUCGACAGACGGACCGUGCCCAAGCACGUC